AUGCCCCGACGGUUUGUUGUGGAGUACGUGGCGAAGCACUUGUGUGGGGCUCGCGUGUUGGAGUCGUUGGUAGAAAACAACGCCGCCACGGGUGUCAUUGGAACGCACAAUGGCUCCUUUCACUGCGAUGAGGCCAUGGCAUGUGGACUGCUGCGCUGUAGCCCAAAUUUCGCCAACUCGAAUAUCCUCCGCUCACGCGACCCGCGCGCGCUGGAGCAGUGCCACAUCGUGGUGGACGUUGGCGGCGUCUACGAUGCCGCUGCGCUGCGGUUUGACCACCACCAGCCCUCGUUUCACGGCACCAUGACAACACCAAAGGCAACUUAUCACACCCGACUCUCAUCUGCGGGACUUGUAUACAAGCACUUUGGCCGUGAGAUUAUUCAAAGCUACGUCGUGUCUGCCUUGGCCUCCCCGUACCGUGAUAAGCUGCUGGAGGCAGCGAACUGGGGGGCGGAUAGAGAGCAGCUGUCAGAGCAGGAGCUUGACACCUUGUUUGACAUUAUUUACAAGAACUUCGUGGAACACAUUGACGGCAUCGACAACGGCGUCGACGCCUACGGAACUGCCGAGAAGGAGGGUGAGGAGGGUGCCACCUCCGUCUCCGCGUCGUCAUGUGUGCGGAGGUACACGGUGUCGACAACGCUUUCAGAUCGCAUUGGACGCCUCUUGCCGUGGUGGAACGAGGAUGAAAACGGCAGGGUGGAGAGCGAAAAUGCUGCUUUUCUUCAGGCAGUUGAAUUGGCGGCGCGCGAGUUCUUUGACGCGGUCCACUACCACGCCUUUGCGUGGCUUCCGGCGCGCAGGAUUGUCGAGGAGGCAUUUCUUGCCGCCAUGAAUGUGCACCCCAGCGGCCGCAUUGUCGUCUUCAAGGAUCGCUUCUGCCCCUGGAAGGAUCACCUGAUGGAGUUGGAGGCGGAGCACGGCAAGGUGGGCCACGUCCUGUACGUCCUCUUCUCAGACAAGAAAAACUGGCGCGUGCAGGCGGUACCCACAGUAGCUUCCGGAUUUGGCUCCCGCAAGCCGUUGCCAUGGCGGGGCAUGCGGGAUGAGGAGCUGAGUCAAGCAAGCGGCAUUGACGGCGGCAUCUUUGUGCACGUCUCUGGCUUCAUUGGCGGGAACAAGACCUACGGCGGUGCACUGCAGAUGGCAGUGAAGGCCCUGACCACAGUUGAGUGA